AGCCUGGGAACCUCCAUAUGCCACAGGUGCGGCCCUAAAAAGACAAAAUAAAAAUAAAGUUCCUGUUGAACUUGGUCUGCCAAAGCCAAUGGGAUUAUCCAUGUUGGUCAUUAACCUGAGCCUGGAGACAGAAAAAAAGCUCAAUGUUGGACUGAUGUCAACUUGUUUUCAUUAACCCAUCCCCUGAGCUCUCCUCAGAUUUUGUUGAAGGGCAGAGUGUAAAACAGUUUGACCAAGACACAGAGGACUGGGUCAAGCAGGGAUGAAAUGAUGAAGGAAGCUUGAUCAUCUGGAGAGAUCAGGAGGCUGGUCAGGUCUCAAAGUGACAUGCAAGUCCCCUCCCUUCCCCUCCUUCCUUCCCCCUUGAGUCUCCCUACCACCCUGCAGUGUCCUCCCUCACCUCUGGUUGACCAUGGCAUCAGAAGCAGAGAAAACGUUCCAGCGGUUUGCUGUCUUUGGAGAAUCGUCAAGCAGUGGCACUGAAAUGAACAACAAGAACUUCUCCAAGUUGUGCAAAGACUGUGGCAUCAUGGACGGCAAGAUGGUCACCUCCACUGAUGUGGACAUUGUGUUCAGCAAAGUCAAGGCCAAGAAUGCCCGAACCGUCACCUUCCAGCAGUUCCAGGAGGCAAUGAAGGAACUGGGCCAGAAGCGAUUCAAGGGGAAGAGUCCAGAUGAAGCCUUGGAGAACAUUUAUAAACUCAUGGAGGGCAAGGACCCAGCUACCACCGGUGUUACUAAAGCAACUACUGUGGGCGGGGUGAGCCGGCUGACGGACACCAGCAAGUACACUGGCACCCACAAGGAGCGCUUUGAUGAGAGUGGCAAAGGCAAAGGCAUUGCAGGACGGGAAGACGUGACAGACAACUCUGGCUAUGUGAGUGGCUACAAGGGUGCUGGCACCUAUGAUAAGAAGGGCAGCACCUAGGGAGUAGGCUCACCUUAGCCUGCCAGCCCUUCACCUUGCAUCUUUAACACCAGGGAGCUUGUGAGACAAUAAACAUCUGUGUGUGCAGCA